AUGGAGACAGACAUGAGAUUCGGCUUGGGUGGUGCUCUCCAGAUCAGGACCUCCCAGGAUGGGCGCUUCCUCCCGGUGUGCUCCCAGGGCUGGGACCAGACUUACGCUGACCAGACCUGCGCCCAGCUGGGCUUCAGAAGGAGCUAUAAGACAGGAAGUGUGCAUGGUCAGCCUUUCACUGCCCUCACAGUGACCAGCAAGAGUUCUGACCCCAUCCAGGGACAGGUCAAUGUCAGUACUUCCUGUCCUGGCCAGCAGACUGUCUCUCUGGAGUGUGUUGACUGUGGGAAGCAGCAGUCCACCUCCCGGAUCAUAGGGGGCACUGUUGCUAAGGCGGGUCAGUGGCCCUGGCAAGUCUCCUUGCACUAUCAUGACUUUCAUACCUGUGGCGGCUCCCUGGUGUCUCCAGACUUUGUUGUGACUGCUGCUCACUGCUUUCCAAGCUCAACCCCCUCUGCCCUCGUGGCCAGUAACUGGAAGGUGUACGGAGGAGACUUCUCCCAGGCCAAUCUGCCUGCCCCAUAUUUCGUAGAGAGGAUCAUCCUGAAUGAGAACUACAACAGCCAGACCAACGACCAGGAUAUCGCUCUGCUGAAGCUCAAGCAGCCAGUCAACUUCUCCACCACUGUCCAGCCAGUGUGUCUGCCUGCUUUUGACCAGACCUUCCAGCCUGGAAUGGAAUGCUGGAUCACUGGGUAUGGAACAACAGCCGAAAGAGCAGACCAAGGUUCUGACAAACUGAUGGAGGUGGCUGUGGACAUCAUUGACAGCCGGGUGUGCAACAGCAGCGAGGUGUACAGCGGAAGAAUGUCCAGGAGCAUGGUGUGCGCCGGGAACCUGGAGGGCGGAGUCGACUCCUGUCGGGGAGACAGUGGGGGGCCUCUGGUCUGUGAGGGAGGAAAUAACCGCUGGUACCUCGUGGGUGUGACCAGCUGGGGGGCAGGAUGUGGGCGGAGAAUGAGGCCAGGGGUCUAUAGCAAUGUGGGCAGCCUCCUGCCAUGGGUCUACAGCAUCAUGCAGCAAGAGAGACCGUGACACUACGCUGUUGCCCCUUCUCACCCCCCAACCAAGCCAGCAUCUCCCUCCACUGAACAUGAACCCACAAAGUCUUCCACACCAUCAUGGAAUGCGCAGAAGGAUAAAUGGAUGGAUGUACAGACUCCCCUGCAAGAUGAGAUUUAUCAGAUCUUAAUGCACUUUAACUGGGAACUUUUUAACUGGGUACUUCUCAGCUCAUGCCCUCGUAGCGUGUGGUCUGCCCUCCAAGUGCUCCUGGGGCCAACAGUGCCACCUUUCACGUAGCAGUGACACCUGGGAAAGAUUUUCUAGGCCCCCAAGCCACAUACAGAAUUUGAUUACUGCAUGAAAACAUGGCGCUUAAUAAGCAUGUCUGUUCUUGUGGUUCUAAAGUACUGCAGUUGCCAGUGGUGGUGUGUAGCAGUUCUUUGUGUUCAUUGAUGCCUUCCUACAAAAAUUGUAAAACGCACCAUGUUUACAUCCACCUAUAUGCAUGUGAUUAACCCGUGGUUUUAUUAAUAUCCCCCUUAAUGUGUGCACUGACCCUCUGUAAAUGGUGUGUGUGGUAUGUAUGCAUGAUGCAUUUUGUUACCUACGAAUGUUGUUUGUAAAUCCUACAUAUUUAUGGCCUUUUAAAGGGGUGGGUAGUGGGAGUGGGUGUUAUUUGAUCUGGGUCACUGACCCUCUGGUUUCAGGCACACUGUAUCAUUUUUUUUUAACACUGAAAUUCUGAAGCUUUACCACCCUCCUCAUGAAUAAGUAAACCUUUUAUGUUGCUGAGAAGGGCCCAAUGCAGUUGACUUCUCUGUCUCUCUCUCUC